AAAAACUGAGAUUGAUCAGGUUGCUGGACGCUUUCGCAUUCACAGGAGUCCUUUUGUCUUUGGACAUGACUGAUUGGUGCUGACACGCUUUCUAAGGCUGCUUUUAUUGCGGGACUGGGAACGAUGAUAAGCUCCUCUGGAUGCACCAUGCCAUUGUUUCUUUGGCUCACAUUUGUGCUCUUCUACUCAGGAUCAGUGUUUGGCAGAGCCUGGGAGUACUAUGUAUCGAGGUGGGAUCAUAAUUAACCCGGAGUUUAGCCAUGGCACCGCUGGAUGGGCCAUGUUUGGGAAAGGAGCGAUUGAAGUACGCUUAUCACGUACCAAGAACAGUUUCAUGGUGGCGCAUAACAGGAAACGUCCCAUGGAUAGUUUCUCUCAGAAAGUUCGACUCGAGAAGGGCAAGUUCUAUGCAUUCUCAGCUUGGAUACAAGUCAAUGAAGGAAGCGAGACAGUAUCAGUGAUAUUUGGAACUGGAGAUGGCGAGUUCGUCCCUGGAGGCAGCAUCGUGGCAGAGCAAGGGUGCUGGUCUUUGCUAAAAGGAGGCAUCGCUGCGAAUUCUUCGAGCACCGUCGAUGUUCUUUUCGAGAGCAAGAAUACCUCGAAGGAAAUAUGGGUCGACAAUGUUGCCUUGCAGCCAUUCUCGAAGAAGCAAUGGAGGUUUCACCAAGACGAAAGAAUAGAGAAGGUACGGAAAAGCAGAGUGAGGUUCCAGAUAACUUAUGCGAAUAAAAGAAGGAUCGGAGUCAGAGGAGCCAAAGUUUUUGUCAAACAAACCAAGCCGGGCUUCCCAUUCGGGUGCGGUAUGAACUUCCACAUCCUCGAGAGCACCGAUUAUCAAAACUGGUUCGCUUCAAGGUUCAGGUUCACCACUUUCACCAACGCAAUGAAGUGGUACAGCACAGAGGAGAAACAAGGCCAAGAGAACUACACGAUAGCCGACGCGAUGGUGAAGUUCGCACAAGACAACGACAUUUCGAUCCGAGGCCACAAUGUUUUCUGGGACGAUCCCAAGUACCAGCCCGAUUGGGUCAAGACCCUUUCGCCCGAGGAUUUGCGAAUAGCAGCGGAGAGGAGGAUCAAUUCGGUCGUCUCAAGAUACGCAGGAGAACUGAUUGCUUGGGAUGUGGUCAAUGAGAACCUGCACUUCAGGUUCUUCGAGGACAACCUUGGAGAAAACGCUUCCUCGAUAUAUUACUCGACCGCAUACAAACUGGAUCCAACCCCGAGAAUGUUCUUGAACGAGUACAACACCAUCGAGUACUGUGGGGACGAGAAGGUGAGCCCGGGGAACUACAUAAAGAGGCUGGAGGAGAUAUUUUGCUACCCCGGGAACGAAGAUAUCCCACCAGGAAUAGGAGUGCAAGGCCAUUUUGGCCCUGGCCAGCCAAAUUUGGCGUACAUGAGAUCAAGCCUGGAGAUUCUGGCCACAACUGGUGUGCCCAUUUGGCUCACAGAAGUGUCUGUAGAACCAGGAGUUAACCAGGCUCAGUACCUGGAGGAGAUCCUAAGGGAGGCUUAUUCCCAUCCUGCUGUGGAAGGGAUCAUAAUGUUUGCGGGCCCCGCAUAUGCCGGCUUCAAUACCACGGCUCUCGCGGACAUAAACUUCAACAACACGCCGGCUGGGGACGUCGUGGACAACCUGAUCGAGGAAUGGAAAUGCCGCGAUAUCGAAGCCUGCACAGACGGGGGAGGGUUCUUCAGCACUUCACUACUCCAUGGAGACUAUGAGAUCACUCUAAUUGACCCAGCUACAAAUUGCUCUUCCACUUCAAGAUUUGAAGUGACCAGAGAUAGCUCAGGGAGAACUUUCCAUUUUCAGAUUGGAUAAUAGCCAGCUGAAGGCUCCUAUAGAUAUCUGAGGAUAGUGUUUGAUGGUUGACUGAUAACAAUUAAUUAAGAUUAAUUAAGGAGGGAUAAAAACAAAAGGGCCCAAUAAUACAUUGAGUGUAAUUAUGACCUAGAAGAUCAUGCUUAUUGCUGACAUUUAAGUGAUUUUUGCACCUUCUUGAGAUGGGGAAAAUUUCCUUUAAAAGCAUGUAAAUAAUGGCGGGUCGUCUCUGGCGA